AUGUCUACAGAACCAACACCAGUUCAUUUCUUCUCCCAUGGCUCGACCAUGAUGUUGGGCGAAGAGUCCACGUCGGCCGACUAUUGGAAGAAAUGCGGCGCUGAAGCUCUUGCAAAUGGCAUCAAGGGAGUGGUGAUGAUGGGAGCUCAUUGGGAUUGUUCCGGACUUAACAAGAUUCAAGUCACAAUGAACCCUAAUCCCAACAAAUCACCAGUCGCAUACGUACAUCCGUCUAAAUAUGUCGAUUAUGAACUCGCACCAGACCUAGAGCUGGGCCAGAAAUGUCUCGAUCUCCUCAAUAAAGACGGCUUCGAUGCCUCUGCUAACAAAAGGUUUGACUGGAUUCACGACACAUAUCUCAUUUUAAUUCGCAUGUUCCCCAAGAAAUGCCCACCCACUACCAUUAUAUCCGCCAACUCUCGCUUUGAUCCCCAUUUCCAUAUGCGUGUCGGCGCUGCGCUGCGACCACUUCGAGAGCAAGGUUAUUUGAUUAUUGGCACUGGCGGCGCUGUGCACAACCUAUAUCGUAACCUUUGGGCACCUAUGCUGAACUAUUCGGACAAUUUUGCUCAAUUGACGCCUCCCGGAGACUGGGCCGUGGACUUUCGGCAGGCGGUUGAGGACGCUAUCGUGAAUAACAGCGGACCUGCGCUUCGUCGUGCAAUUACGCGAUUGAUGAAGCAUCCGAAAUUCAGAGAGGCGCAUGCAACAGAUGACCAUUUUAUGGCAGCGUUGUUUGUCGCUGGUGCUGUUGGCAGUGAACAGGACAAGGGUGUGUAUGGAAAGUUAGGAGCUGAGACUUGGGAGCUCACAAAUAUGUGCAAUUCUCAAUUUACUUUUGGAGAAUGGUCCAAGGUUACUCAGGCAGUUUAUUGA